CGUAGGGUACUUUUAAUAAUUUAAUCCUCCUUGGAUUAUUUUAAUAUAUAUAGUUUUUGAGUUCAAGUUCCCUGUACACUGAUUUGGGUCUUCGUGUUCUGUUUCUUAACUCUUUCCUGUUCCUGGUCUUAAAGUCUUAGAGAGAAAGGUGUUGAAGAAGGUUGACAUCAUCAUAAUCAUGGAGGAACGCUACGAGCCACUGAAGGAGCUUGGUUCUGGCAAUUUCGGUGUUGCAAGGUUGGCCAAGAACAAGAUAACUGGGGAGCUUGUUGCGGUCAAAUACAUAGAGAGAGGCAAGAAGAUUGAUGAGAAGGUUCAGAGGGAGAUAAUUAAUCACAGGUCUUUAAGGCAUCCCAAUAUCAUUAGAUUCAAAGAGGUGCUGCUGACCCCUACGCAUUUAGCUAUUGUCCUGGAGUAUGCUUCAGGUGGUGAACUCUUUGAGAGGAUAUGCACGGCCGGUCGAUUUAGUGAAGAUGAGGCUAGAUAUUUCUUCCAACAGCUGAUUUCUGGGGUUAGCUACUGUCAUUCAAUGGAAAUUUGUCAUAGAGAUCUGAAAUUGGAAAACACCCUCCUGGAUGGAAAUCCGUCUCCCCGACUUAAAAUUUGUGACUUCGGUUACUCCAAGUCGGCUUUACUGCACUCUCAACCAAAAUCAACAGUUGGAACUCCAGCAUACAUUGCUCCGGAGGUUCUGUCACGAAAGGAGUACGACGGAAAGAUUGCAGAUGUUUGGUCCUGUGGUGUGACCCUUUAUGUCAUGUUAGUUGGUGCAUACCCUUUUGAGGAUCCGGAAGAUCCUAGAAAUUUCAGAAAGACUAUUGGGAGAAUAAUAGGUGUUCAAUACUCCAUACCAGACUAUGUUCGCGUUUCUGCAGAGUGUAGGAACCUUCUCUCUCGAAUCUUUGUUGCCGACCCUGCCAAGAGGAUCACCAUCCCAGAGAUAAAACAGAACCCUUGGUUUCUGAAGAAGUUGCCUAGAGAGACCAUGGAAGCUGAAAGAAAAGGUGGAGAGGAUACACAGAAAGACCAACCAAGGCAGUGCGUCGAAGAGAUUAUGCGGAUCAUACAAGAGGCUAGAACACCAGGGCCAAUGUCUAAGGCUAGUGAUGUGGGCCAAACUGGCACUGGAUCACUUGAUGAUGAAGAUGAUGAAGUUGAUGUUAGUGGUGACUUUGAACAUGUUUGAAAUCAAGGUCUUCGAUUAUUUUGUGGGAGGCUAGAUUUGUUUAUAAGACCCACUGUGUGUGUGUGCGCAUUAUUUUUUACAUUUAUCACAUUGUUGUGCAGUGUUCUAAACAUGCAUAGUAUAUGUAUAUGUAGUUUUAUAAUUGAGAGGAUAUUGUUAAUAAAAAGGCUUGAAUAACGGUGUAUGUUUACUUUCCUAUAAAUCACAAAAGAAGUGGUUUGAUUUCA